AUGUCAUUGUUCUUGGUGUGUAAAAAUAGACACACUGUAAAGGGUUCAGUGCAAGAAUUGCAUGAGAAUAAUUACCCAAAAAACCAACGACAACUUGUAAUGGGUGCCUCUCGUCUUUCACCCGCCACAGCUCAGAAUAUCGCCACAUGGCUAUCAGAUAAAGAGCGCUAUGAAUGUCUAUUUGUCAAUCGUGCUUGGAAUGCAACCUUUGUACCUAUAAUUUACCGCACCAUCCUCAUCACAUCUCGUAAUCAACGUCGACUCCUACUUGAUCGUCUAGUCAAAUCAGAAAAAGAUGGCUCUAUAGGAUUCAUGGUCAAAGAACUCAGAUUCACAGAUAAUGUUGGCAUAUCACGCGAUGAUUUUGAGUUACUUCCCAAGCUCUGUCCCUUUCUGGAGGUACUCGUAUUUCCGCCGUCAGUGUGGCAACACCUACGAUGCUCAAAAGUAUUGACUCGUUGGAAAUAUCUUCACACUCUACCAGUCCUCAGUCGCGAAAAACUUGCAAACUACUGCCUUGAAAUAUUUGGUGACCAGCUGAGAGAGAUAACAUUCGACGGUCAGCUUGUCGAAGAACUUCAUCAACGAGAUGGAUUUGUACCAAUGUUUUCACAAGUACACUGGCUAACCUCCCUCACCAUUUCCGGAAAACCUCGGUUUAAUAGCUAUCAAAACAAACUAUGCUUUGAUCCCAAGGCAAUCAGCGCAAUCCACGAAAGCUGUCCGUUUUUGCAAUCUCUAUCAUUGUCAUGGCAAACAUUAGCUAUUGGCCCCUCUAGCCAGCCUCACACUCUGGUCGGCAUCCAACCAGCGCCUAAGAUGCAAAGGCUCAAACUUCAGCAUGUGCAGCUUGACGAUCCCCAUUGGAUCCAUCUGUUUGUUCACAAGUAUCCAAAUCUCGCUUCACUCGAUUUUUACAAUGUUAACUGGACAGAGAAUACUCACAUAUUGUCUGCCAAACGACAUAUAGCCUAUCAGGAAGCAUACAUAGCCAUUGCACAUAAUUUAAAAAAGCUAAGAGUGUUAAAAUUGAACAAACUGGAACAACAUCUCUGGCCAAAUCUGUUAUUCUUCGAUGCAAUUGAAUCGGCAGGAACAAUGUUAAAUACAAUUGAAAUAUUGCCACAGCACAAUUAUAUAUCACCGACUAUCACAAGCCCAGCUGCAUUUCAGGAGAUGGUCCAGGCUUUAACUGUGGAUGCAAGAAGUGUGUCCUUCAAGAUGGGUGUGGAUGACAUGUAUCCAUCUGAUAUGCUUGUGGUAUUAGAGGCACACUGUCCUUAUAUUACCGAAUUGGAUUUGUCCGGAAGUGGAGUAUUAGAGCUUGAUUUGCACACAAUUUCACUCGAGUCCAUCUUGGAUCGCUUUCUGAAUCUUCAGAGCCUACGACUCCAGAAUUUUGACGUUGAAGCACAGAAUAAGAGAGGGCUACCAGUAGAUACACAUUGCUUGAAAACAUUUCACCUAGCCAAGGUGUGGCUUACCAAUGAUCAUGUAUUUUGCUACCUCUCUGUGCGUUGCCCACAGCUAUCAGAUAUGUCAUUAGAUGACUGUACAUGGCGCACAAACAAGCCUUCGAUGAAUAUCAAGAUCGACAUGCCAUAUCACACAUUCCGCAAAUUUGGCGUACGUUCUAUGCACAUUGCUCAUCACAUCGAGGGUAUUUGGACGCGUCUCGAGGAUGGAACAAUUUUUUCGGUUACAGAAGUUAAACGUAACAGACAGAUAUUGGGACGAAAGGGACCCAGGGCUGGACAGAAUGGAUGGUACAGAAUUGAUUCUGGGAUGACUCGUUGGUAUCAUCUUUACCAAUUUAAGGACGGGCUACGGCUUCGAAGACUUGAAUUGCGGGAUAUUGAGAUGGUCAAAGAUUAUCGGAUGAAGCUUUCUGACUUUGAAAAGAUGUUUGAACACGACUCUAUGCCAAGCAGGACUUGCUAUAAUCCCAUUGAAUUUUGGGAAGAUGAUAUUCCUUGUGGAUAUUUUACCUUUCGAUGUCAUUCAAUUGAUAUGUUUAUUUAUGAUUUUGUUGUGCUUUAA